AUGCUGGACGGCGGCCACAGGACUCCUCGGUUAGGGCGGCGGCGCCAGGUGCUCUCGGCCGGGAUCGAGCGACAUGGCGGCGGCGGCAGCGGGGCGGCUCGGCCCGGCCUGGCGCUGCUGCUCCUGCUGCUGCUGGGCGAGGUGGGGGGACCUGGAGCCUGGGCGGCCCGGAGCCGCGGCGCCGACAAGCAGAACAGCCUCCGCCGGGCGGCCAGCGGCAUCUACCAGGGGGUGAGCAGCCUGUUCGGCGAGGAGAACGUGCGGGCCCUGCAGAAGUUUUUCUCUAGGCUGACGGAAAGAUUUGUUUACGGUGUGGAUGUAUUAGUAGACACCGUCUGGAGAAUAUGGACUGAUGUGCUGGAUGUUCUUGGAAUUGAUGCUUCCAACUUGACUCAUUAUUUCAGCCCUGCAGCAGUUGCCAACAACCCUACCCGGGUUCUUCUGCUGAUUGGUGCUGUUUUACUUGCUUAUUGGUUUUUGUCUGUCUUCCUUGGAUUCUUCUUCUGUCUCUUACAUAUGCUGUUUGGUCGCUUCUUCUGGAUUGUAAGAGUUGCUCUGUUUGCCCUCUCAUGUGUAUACAUCCUCCAGAAGUAUGAAGGAGAACCAGAGCAUGCAGUCUUGCCUCUGUGCUUUGUUGUAGCAGUCUACUUCAUGACUGGGCCCGUUGGAUUUUAUUGGAGGAGAAACAGCAGCAGCAGCCUUGAGGAGAAGAUUGACCAUAUUGAUAGUCAAAUUAGACUUCUGAACAUACGUCUUACUAGGAUAAUGGAAAACAUGGACAGAGCUAAUGACCAAUGAAAUAAAACCUAUAGAUCACUUUACACCAGCUCACUAGAAGGUUACUAAGCACUCUCUCACUGAAAGUUACUAAGCAACAAAAUAUCACAUGAUAAAAAUGUGCAAUGUUAAAACUUUAGAUCAUGUGUUAAGAAUAAGAGUAAUUUAUCUAGACUAUACACUCAGAAACAUUACACUUGUAAAAUAAGAUAUGAGAUAUUAGCUGUAUAUUCAGAGAAUUUUAUCCAUGACGAGAAUUUUAUCAGUGAAAACGCUUACUUUUACAAGCUUUAAAAACAUCUUUUUGUAGAGUUUUUAUAAAAGCAAAUUGAGUAGUCUAUUUAAAAUAUUGAAGCUGAGCUGAGCAUUAUGCAAAUUUGACAUUAAAAAAAAUCUUACUCAA